UCGACGGGCGACUGAAUUGAUUGUUCUUAUCUGUAAAAGCAUAUUUUGGAGCGUUUCCAUCAAUGCCGUCGUACACGGUGACCGUCGCUACGGGGAGCCAGUGGUUUGCGGGGACGGAUGAUUACAUCUACAUCACAUUGGUGGGCGCGCAUUCAUGCAGCGAGAGGACUCUGCUGGACAAGCCGCUUUACAAUGACUUUGAGAGGGGUGCGGUGGAUUCCUACCUGGUGAGGGUGGAUGAGAACCUGGGUGAGCUUUUGUUGUUGAAGCUGGAGAAGAGGAAGUACUGGGUGCAAGACGACUGGUACUGCAGCUACAUCUCGGUAAAGACUCCAGACGGAGACAACGUGGUGUUCCCGUGCUACCGCUGGCUGGUGGACGAUAAGGAAGUCGUGCUGCGGGAUGGGAGAGCUCACUUGUCUCAGGAUGAUAAGUUGAGUCUGGUUAAACAGCACAGACAGAACGAGCUGGAAAUGAGACGCAAAUCCUACAGAUGGACGGAGUGGAAGCCGGGUUUUCCCAUGAGCAUCGACGCAAAAAGACAUCGGGAUUUGCCUCGGGACAUUCAGUUUGACAGUGAGAAAGGAGUGGAUUUUGUACUAAACUACAGUAAAGCAAUUGAGAACCUGUUCGUCAACCACUUCAUGCACAUGUUCCAGUCGUCCUGGAGCGACUUUGCUGAUUUUGAGAGGAUCUUUUUGAGAAUCAAAAACACCAUCUCAGAAUACGUGAUGAAACAUUGGAAAGAGGACUUCAUGUUCGGCUACCAGUUCCUGAACGGCUGCAAUCCCGUCGUCAUCCAAAAGAUCGGCAAAAUUCCCGACAAAUUUCCCGUCACCGAUGAGAUGGUCGCUCUCAGUCUGGAGAGGGAGCUGAGUCUAGAAGAUGAAGUUAAGGCGGGUAACAUAUACAUGGCAGACUAUGAAGUGUUAGAUGGCAUCAAACCCAACUGUACAGAUCCGUGCACCUUGCAGUACCUGGCAGCUCCCAUCUGUCUUCUGUACAAGAACACACAGAACAAGACUGUGCCAAUAGCUAUACAGUUGGGUCAGACUCCGGGCGAGAACAACCCCAUCUUCCUACCCACAGACGAUCAUUACGACUGGCUUUUGGCUAAAAUUUGGGUGCGCUCGGCUGACUUUCAGCACCACCAGAAUAUCACACACUUGCUAAGGACACACCUGAUCUCUGAGAUGUUUGCUAUCGCCAUGUUCAGGCAGCUCCCUGCUGUACACCCUGUCUUUAAGCUACUCAUACCACAUGUCCGCUUCACCAUUGCCAUUAACACCAAAGCCAGAGAAGAGCUCAUCUGUGAGUGUGGGAUCUUUGACAAGGCAAACGCCACAGGUGGAGGCGGUCACAUGCAGCUGGUCGCAAAGGCCACCAAAACCCUGACCUUCAGAUCUCUCUGCUUUCCCGACAUGAUCAAAGCUCGCGGAGUGGACAGCGAGCAGGAACUGCCCACCUACUUCUACAGAGACGAUGGCUACAAAGUGUGGGAGGCCACCAAGAGCUUUGUAUCCGACGUGGUCACUAUUUACUACAGUAGCAACGAGAAGGUGCAGCGAGACGAAGAAAUCCAGGCUUUCGUUAAAGACGUGCGUACGUUCGGUAUGCAGAACUCAGAUUCCUGCGGGUUCCCCACUGAGCUGAAAUCUUGUGAAGAACUGAUAGAAUAUUUGACCGUCAUCGUGUUCACGGCAUCCGCGCAACAUGCCGCCGUCAACUUCGGACAAUACGACUGGUGUUCUUGGAUUCCCAACGCCCCCUCCACCAUGCGUAGACCUCCCCCAACGCAGAAGGGUUUCACCGACGUGGACCUGAUCAUCAACAGCCUCCCGGACCGAGGGCGCUCCAGCUGGCACCUGGGGGCCGUCUGGGCCCUCAGUCAGUACCAGGAGAACGAGCUCUACUUGGGAACGUACCCGGAUGAGCACUUCAUCGAGAAGCCGGUGAAAGCAGCCAUGGAGAAAUUCCGGAAGAGCUUGGCCGACAUCAGCAGUGCCAUCAAAACAAGGAACCAGAGGAAGAAACUGCCCUACUACAACAUGUCCCCCGAUAAGAUACCCAACAGCGUCGCCGUGUGAGGAUGUUCUCGUUUAAAUAUUGCCCAAUUUUCACAAUAAAAAGACAGUUUUACCUUUAAAUGACAUCACCAAAAUGAUGGAAAUUUUUGUCUCACAACACAAAUUGAGAAAAAUGGUCUACAGUGAUCCCUCGUUACUUCGCACUUGAAAAUUAGCGCCCUCAGUCCAUCGCGGAUGUUUUUUUUCGAUGAAAAAAAUCAAUAAAUACAGAUAAGCUGUUGCGAGCCAAGCACGUAGUCUCACUCUCCUUCCCUCUCCCUGCUGUUUGUUGGUCAGGCAGUGCACUGGAGUUGCUUAUUAAAAUUAACGAUGAUUAACAGAUGUUUGGGUUUGAUCUUGCCAGAGACGCGAACUUCAAAGCGCCGUACGCAUCAAUCAUUAUUUCACUUUUAAACAGUUGCUGUGGCAACUCAUAGUAUGUAAGUGAGCAGCUUGAGCAGAUUUGAGUGGACUCACUCAAUGAAGCAUUAAAUAUAGCCAAACAUUUUUCUACUUUAUUCGUGUAUAAAAAUAAUUCGGUGGGACAGAAACAUGUUUAAAACUUAUCAUAAUUAUUACAUUUGUAGUGCUUAAAAACCAUUUAUUAAUAUGUAUAUAUAUAAGUUUUAUUUUUGUUUUUUUUAUACUUUGGGGGGAAAAAAGUGAAGAAGAAAAAAAUGUCUUAUACGUAUCUCUUUACAAUGCUAAAUCUAAAUAAAUACACUGAGCACACACACAAAAAUGUUUUUUUGCCACUUCGCGGUUUUUCACCUAUCGCGGCAGGUUCUGGUCCCCAUUAACCGCGAAGAACUAGGGAUCACUGUACAUCAAAAUGUCACGAGGGAAACUGAAAAUAUCAUUAGCAAAUGUUUUUGAAAGCCCUAUAGACAAGUUUCCUGAGCAAAAUAUGGGCGACGCAAUCUUGGACAAUGUCUGCCUCGAACUUUUGGUUCAGGAAAAAAACAAGAUGAAUUACGGUUGUAAUAUGUAAGUAAGUAGUGUUUUUACAAAGUUAAAACUGCAAAAUUAAAGCAGAGGAACUCACGGAAUCUCCAUAAAUGGAUUCAGCACGACGUCGAUUAGAUGGUAUGAUUGUUCUUAUCACUUCGUUGAUCAUUUGUGGACAAAAUUAUAACAACCUGUAAGCCUUUGUUGAUGUGAGGUAUAGAUUGAUACGCUGGCCACUUGAGUGACCAAAAUGCGAUGAAAUUACACAUUAUAUCACAUUUGCCGAAUGCAGAAGGGCUGACAUGGAUUUUGUUGUUACAAGGAAAUACUAUAAAAGGUAUGUACGUAUAAACAAAAAUC